AUGCUAUCCACAGUGGAGAAUGUUUCCAGUAUCUUAGUGUUUACACUAACUCAAUUAGAUGAAACUAUGGAAAACAAAUAUAUGCUUUUUUCUUUGACUGCCUUGUGUUAUCAUUUUAUUUUAUUGUGCAAUAUUACUGUAAUUGUUUGCAUUGCCUCAGAUAAGAGGCUUCAUGAGCCUAUGUAUAUUUUUUUAUGUAACUUGUGUAUUAACGCACUGUAUGGCACUGCUGGCUUCUACCCUAAAUUCAUGUAUGAUUUACUGUCUCAAAUUCCAGUAAUAUCAUAUUCAGGAUGUAUGAUUCAAAUAUUUGUUAUUUAUUCAUCUGUUUUAUGUGACUAUUCAAUUUUAACAGUUAUGGCUUAUGACAGGUAUGUGGCGAUAUGUAGGCCUCUGGAGUAUCACUCAGAAAUGACAAAUAUCAAAAUUGGAACAUGUAUUCUUUUUUGUUGGCUUGCACCAUUGUUUUCCAUGGGUAUUCUAGUCUUGUUAACAUCAAGACUCACCUUGUGUGGAUCAGAUAUUGGAAAGCUAUAUUGUGAAAACUGGGCAGUUGUUAAACUGGCUUGUUAUACAACCACAGUAAAUAAUGUGAUUGGAUAUAUAGUUAUAAUCAUAUAUUUGGGACAUGUCGUAUUGAUCACUGUUUCAUAUAUUCAUUUGAUUGGAAAAUGCAGAAAAUCGAUAGAGGAUAGGUAUAGAUUUAUGCAAACAUGUAUGCCGCACCUGCUUGCACUGUUCAAUGUUACUGUUGCAUUGUUGUUUGAUGUGCUUUACAGCAGAUAUGGUUCAACAUCAUUCUCUCAAAGUGUGCGAAAUUUCUUGGCACUAGAAUUCCUUUUUAUACCUCCCAUUUUAAAUCCCAUUAUUUAUGGACUAAAACUGACAAAAAUACGAAAGAAAGUAAUGGGAAUUUUCUCCAGUAACAAUGCUGUUGCAUAA